UACAAAAAUACAUUGAAAUACACGCGCGCACGGACUGACUCACACACCCUCAUAUAUACAUGCACGCACUCUUCUCAAAAAGAUGAAAGGUUAAAAAGUUAACCCUAGCAGGAUUUGAACUCGGAAUGUAAGCAUAUACAUGCACACAGACAUACACACACACACGCCCACACACGCCCCCCCCACACACACACAUCUAUGUGAAUAAUAAGUUUGCAUAAUUAUAUAGUGAUAUACGUACGUAUGCAUCUCUAUACGUCGGUAUGUAGAUCCAUCGCGACGGCACACGGGGUGUUGAUGCAAUAAAUAACGCUGCUGGAUAAGAAUAGCGGAUACACACAUGUACAGAGAGAAGCAUGGAGAUCAGUUGAAAGACUUUCAACUGCCGAGUGUUCACUUAAUAUUCUCUUAAUCAUAUACAUUUGAACGAUACAUGUAGCGGCAUAAACACACAUGUAGCUGUAUGCGUGCGUAUAUACGGGACUGUUGUGUAUAGAACAUGUACGUGUCAAGAAAUCGAUAGCAAGGCAAAUUUCAUAUAUUAUAUUAAUGGAAUGGAUCGCGGAGAGAUCAGGAAGCUCGAUUGUAUCCACGUACUUUCGUUUUCAAUCAUGCAGCAUGCCACCUUGUGCCAGUGUUUCCAACUGUAACCUCGGACAGACCAAUGUCCGUUGAGCAAAUUUGAUUGCUAGAGACGGUUGAAGUUCACCAUUUAGACAACAGCGGGGCACUGUUCGUGUGUAGCCGUCAUUGCAGCAUGGAUAAAUCAAUGAAUAUACAUCUGUAAAGUGAAAGUUACUAUUUUCUAGUCAGGAAACCUAGGAAUGUAUAAAUUGUUGCGCUCAUAUUUGGAUGAAGGAUAAAGAAUAUCCGAAAUGAACUGAUAAGAAAUGCGACUGAGACUAUGAAAUUACAAAGAGUAAAAUAUAUGAGGAACAACACAACUCAAGCAACCCUUGUCCUUCUCAUAUUUAAAUAGCUGAGGAUACUCAUUUCAAUAUAAACAGUACUGAUGACAUGCUUCUGAAUCAGGAAAUUUUUAGCCUCUGCGGAUGUGUACCUACACAAAAGUUCUACCUUUGUCCAGAAUACAACAUUCCUUGAGGUUUAGCGCGGAUUAUUACAUCCCUGCAUUUUCGAUAUAAGAGAUAUUAACAUCAGAAAGAGAAUCAUUCAGGAAACUUAACUGAAAGAACGCCAUACCAACCAAAAACAUUCUUUCUUCAUUGAACUGUUGAACGCAUCACCUGGAUAUGACACAUUACUUUUCUUUAUUAAAAAUAUAUUUUAAAAAUUGAAAUAUUUAAAUUUCAAAUAAUCGAAGAUUCGAUCAAAAAAUCAAAUGGGAAUAUGCUAGUUUCCAUUUAGAAAAGUCAAUGAACAAUUUGCAUUUUAUUGAUCUUCAUGACCACACCUGAAUAUGCCAAUUCCUACACAUAUACAAAUGGUCAUACGAGCGACUUUCAAGCAUACUUGACAGAUUCACAUUUACAUUUCUAACAUUACUUCUAUCUCUGUCUUUUUCUUUUUUUCAUUUUUUUCCUUCUUGUUAUUCCACUUUCUUCAAUUUCCGUCUUUUUAUUUCUCUUCAUUUCUGAUAUAGUUAUUUUUAUUUGCAUGCCCCCGUCCCCAUACCUGACCCUCCAGAUGGUUUCUUUUCAUUUCUUCUCUUUUUAUUCUUUAAUCAAUUCUCUCCGUUUCAUUCCCUCCCAACACACACACCUCGCAACUUAGUCUGUGUUUACCCCCACCACAAUUAUUAUCUCUCACGUCUGUUUGUUUAAUGUACUUUUUCGAAAAUUGUUUAUUCACAUUUUUCUAGUAUUUCCAUCUUAACAUUCUCUUUCUCAAUAUUUCGAUUGAAUCUUUUAUGUUACUUUCGAACCAAAAAUGGAAACAACUUACCCAACUUUCAGUAAUUUCUCAAUAGAAUCUCUCGAUUCAAAUACCACCAUUGUACGGCCCAACAUCGGUGGGAAUGUGCACUUAAUAUACAACCAAAUCAUACUCCCGAUAUUAACGUAUGUCCCGCCAAUUCUGUUGACGCUCGGAAUGAUAAGUGACUCUUUAGCACUGGUGGUGCUGCGGCAGUCAAAUCUGCGCCAGUGUUCCAUAGGCUUCUAUUUACGAGUUUUCAUCGUUAUUGAUAUAUUUGUUCGAAUUUUAAAACCGGCUCUAGAAUGGAUAAUUACAUACUGCAAACUAACUCACAUUCCUCACAUUUCUGAUCCCCUAUGCCGUUUAUGGCAAUUCGGUUGGAAUGUUCUCUAUUCGUCAGCCACAUGGUUGGCAGUCUGCAUGGUUAUUGACCGUUAUAUUAUUCUUUGGCAUUCAAGAAAAGCAACUGAGCGUUGCAAUGUCUUCAUGUCAAAGGUCGCCAUCGCCAUGGUCUUCACAGGUCUUGUAGUUAUUAACAUACAUGCCAUGUGGAGUGCCUACUUCACCUCGGGAUUGUGCAAUCAAAUUAAUCCAAACAAUCCCAAGAUGCACGAAUUGGUGUGGUUUUGGGUCUCCAUGUCAGCUAAUUAUUACAUUCCGCUAAUUCUUUUACUUGUCUUUGAUAUUGCUGUAGUUCUGGGAAUAAUCAUCAAAGGAGACAGAAGCAAUUAUUUCGGUCAGCUGGCUACUGAGGAGUACGAAAUGACAUGCGUUAGUACUGUAAUUUGCAUAACAUUUUUCUUGAUUACAUCACCUGAACACAUCUGCUAUUUGUUAGAGGAGAACCUUCAGUUGAGAGGACAUGGAUUAAUUUUACUAUUCCUUACGUCAACAGCAGCCCAACUGCUCACGCUUUUCAACUCCGUCCUCGUGUUCAUUUUCUGUCUUUUGUUCUCUCCUUCCUUUAGAAGCACUCUUAUCGAAAUCUUUGUAAAUAUUUUCCGGCGAAAGCUUUCCCACUCCGAAUACGAACUGGCAACGGCUAAUAACAACAUGGAAGGCACAGCAUUGGAAAUAGAUAAUCCAACUCACAACUCCAGCAAUUAGUUUCCUGUUUGUUUCUUUGUUUCUAUUCUCCGUCGUGUUGAUUCGUCAUUCAAUUGCUUUCUAAUGUCUUCGUAGAUGAUUUAUACAUUGUUCCCAUCAAAUGAAGUCAAUGAAACGACUCACAUUUCACAUCAUAAUUCAUAUGUAAUAAGUAUAAACAAAUACACUCAUGCAAUUGCAACGUGUAUCUGUGUAAAGAUAGACAUACACAGACAUUAUAAACACACACUCGCAUAUAUAAAUAUAUAUAUAUGGAUAUAUAUAU